CCUCUUCGUCUAUAAAAACACAGCCACAAACCCUAGCGCCACUCUUCCUCUACUUUCUUAACUGUAACAAAAAUGCCGCCAAAGUUCGAUCCUUCUCAGGUUGUCGAAGUCUUCGUACGCGUCACCGGCGGCGAAGUCGGUGCGGCGAGUUCACUCGCUCCAAAAAUCGGCCCACUCGGUCUCUCCCCCAAGAAAAUCGGAGAAGACAUCGCUAAGGAAACCGCCAAGGAUUGGAAGGGCCUUAGAGUGACCGUCAAGCUUACCGUCCAAAACCGGCAGGCCAAAGUCUCCGUCGUACCUUCCGCGGCGGCGCUCGUAAUCAAGGCGUUAAAGGAGCCUGAGAGAGAUCGCAAAAAGACGAAGAACAUCAAGCACAACGGGAAUAUUUCGCUGGAUGAUGUGAUUGAGAUUGCGAAAGUGAUGAAGCCGAGAUCUAUGGCGAAGGAUUUGACAGGUACUGUGAAGGAGAUUUUGGGGACGUGUGUGUCCGUUGGAUGUACUGUUGAUGGAAAGGAUCCUAAGGAUUUGCAACAGGAGAUUGAUGAUGGUGAUGUUGAGAUUCCUCUGGAUUGAGGAAUAAGAGGUUAAUUUUAAGAUGUUUUUGUUAUAUUUAGUAUUAUUAUGUUAUAUUUUGUUUAUUUGGAUUUGAGGAUAAUUUUGGAGAAAGUGUCAGUUUUAUUGGCAUUGUUAGGAUUUGGAUCAUUAUCUUUUUUACUUGAUGAAAUGCUCUAUUUUGUUUUUGGCAUGCUA